GCGUCCAUUUUUUGCCCGAGGUCUCAUGGGAAUGCGGAAGUGACACCUGCGUGACCAAACAACCACCUGUUUGCGCUAGCAACAGGUGCAUAGUGUCCUCCUAUACAAAUAUUUCUCAAAAAGGGGGGUAAAUAAGCAAACACAAACCGGUGCUUGGCGAUCAAGACUAGAACGAUAACGUUAAACAUGUCUGUGAGCUACGGCCCCGUACGGUUAGCGGUCCCGCCCGGUUUCAAGUCGCUCCUCGAGGACUUGAGCCGGGAGGUCCUACGAGAGCAGCCGGACAACAUCCCCGAGUUUGCCGCCAAAUAUUUCGAAGGGCUCCUGAAGGCCAGAGAAACUGGUGACUACCACUCGGUAGAAGAGCUCAGACAGCGGGACCUAAGAGACAGAGGGGAGCCCAGGGCUGUAACAGUAGACCUAGAACCAUCAGAGCCCAGUGUAAGUGAACCCCCCACAGAAGCUCCAUCCCAGCCGGCUGCACCCCCAGGGGGAGGGGCAGUGGAGGAGGAGGAGGAGGAGGAGGAGAUGCCUGACCUGGACGACCCUGAGGUGGCCGAUGCUGCACUGAAGAUACAGGCUGGCUUCAGGGGCUUCAAGGCAAGAAAAAGUCUUCACACCACAGAGUCACAGCCUGAGGCAGCAGCUCCAGCAGAAGAGGCAAAGCCAGCAGAGACAACAGAAGAUGCAGCAGGGGAGGCCCCAGCAGAGGAGGCUCCAGCAGAAGCAGCUCCAGCAGAAGCAGCUCCAGAGGAGGCUCCUGCAGAAGCAGCUUCAGAAGAGGCUCCUGCAGAGGAGGCCCCAGCAGCAGAGGAGGCACCAGCAGAGGAGGCCCCAGCGGCAGAGGAAGCUCCAGCAGAAGCUCCUGCUGAAGAGGCUCCAGCAGCAGAAGAGACUCCAGCAGAAGAGACUCCAGCAGAAGCCCCAGCAGAGGAAGCUCCAGCAGAAGCCCCAGCAGAGGAAGCCCCAGCAGAAGAGACUCCAGCAGAAGAGACUCCAGCAGAGGCAACCCCGGCAGAAGCGGAGGCAUGAGUAUCUAUCUCACAGUCACCAAUGGCUCAGUCAGUCGGACGAUAUCUAACUCCUCUGCGAUCAAAUCUAGGGAUCAGAAUCAGGUCACUAUCAUCACUGAUAACUACGUACUGUCUGACAGUCACUCUGUGCUUCCAUUAACCACAGUUCACAAACACAUCAGACAACGUUCUUAAAAAGAACUGCCGUGCCAUAGAAUUCUCCCUUGAAAGAUAAGUGCCAUGCAGUCACACAUCCUUGAACAUUCAUCCGUCCAUUAGCUUAAUUGAGUGUAAGACUUUCUCGUCACAAAGAGCCAUCAACUCAUGAGUGUGACACCGUUCUUUAAAAAAAGGACUACUGGACCUUAAAAAAUGCCAUGGUUUAAAAAGUGCCACACAGUGAAUGUUUUUCUGUACAGUGAAAAGUUUGGUCCAUUAACAGUUGAGUGUGAAGUGUUAAAUGUUUGUUUUACAAAAAGCCAUAUAUAUAUUUAGACGUGUUGCUGCUAGAGCUUUUAGCCAUAGUUCAUCAUGAACACUAGCAAAAAUGUGUCCGUUUUUAUGUCUGUAUGUACACAAAUGCAUAUUUUGUACCAGAGAGUGCCAUAUUGAGAUUUGUUGUUUUGCAAUGUUGCUUUUUAGUUUGUAGAGAAAUUUCUCAUGCAGAAAGCUCAGUGCCAGUAUUAAAGUAUUAAUCAUUUAAUUUGUCAACUUGUUUGCUGUUGCUCGAUAUAUU